GCAUUUGAAUGACGUCAGGCCAAUCAGAUCCCUAACAUUUUGUUUAAAAAAUAUUCACUGGCUGCCGUUUGAGGUUGUUGUCUGUCCUCCGCCUCAAUUACGCUUUUGUUGAGUUUACCACAAGGCACAUCAUCAGCAUGGAAUCCCAAUUUGCUAAUUUGCGCCACCGGGACAACAGCGUGGCCAUGCUGAGGGUCAAAAUGUUCCGCCGAUCGAGCCAAACACUGAAGGAGAAUCGAGAGCGGCUUUUAGAUGCACGAAGACCGCUAGCUGAUCUCCAGGAGCUUUCGUGUCUAGGAGAUGACUCCGUUGUGACCAACUUGUCUGCAAUGAAAGACAAAACAAACAUCAAGGAAAAACCUGCGAAAAGCAAGGCCAGCGAGGAGAAACUCAAGCAGCUUGCACGCUGGAAAGAGAGAAAGGCCCUUGAAAAGGAAAAGAAAAUCAGGGAACAGAAGAAAGUGUUUAGGACUGGUUUAUAUCAUCAUAAAGACACUAUCUUUCCCUUGCCUCCACUACCGGAAGCUUCGGCUGCAAAAACUGUUCCAAUGCAGAGCAGCAGAGUCACUCGCUCCAUGAAGCAGCAACAGCCAUUACAGAAGCCACUGAAGACACAGACUUUAAAUACAGCAGCAAAGAAAGAUCCACCUACCAUGAGACAAACCAGGGGAGCGACCAUCAAACCUUCUUCCGCUGUGGCUAAACCCAAAAUUUGUGCUGUGACACCUAUUGUGUCGACCAGAUCAGCCAAUAAGCCUGUUGCUGCAGCCCCCGCAGUGAAAAAGCCAACAGAUAACAAAUCUCCAGAUCAGAGAAUCACAAGGAGCAGAGCGAUUGUUUUGGAGAUGCCACAAGCCCCAGAAAUCGGAAAAAGCUGCAUUGCUGAUGAACCAGUUGAGAAGCCCAGCUCGUUCGCUCCUGAGGGCUUCGUUUUCCAAGCACCGGAAGGCUUGAAAGCCUUCGAAUUCGUACCUCUCACUCCUCGCUCGGCAGAUCGAUUUCUUUCCCCGAAGUUUACGGCCGCUAGCUUCAAUUUCUUGCCUGCUGCGGAGGACACUGAUGCAAUUCCAGCUGAGCCAAGUGAAUCUUCUCCUCUGAAAUCCACUCCGAUAGAGGCUCCUCCUAUUCCAAGCAGCCCUGUUGAAUCAAAACAUGAUGUUCCAUACUUUAGGUCGGAGAUGGCCAACGAGACAAACAGACUGACUGCGCUUUGUGCGCAGUGGGAUACCAAAGUGCACGAUGAGUCGAUUCCUGAAGAAAUGAGAGGUCGCAUUCGUACAACGGUGGGUCAGGCCAGGCUGCUCAUGAAGGAGCGUUUUAACCAGUUUAGCGGCCUGGUGGACGACUGUGAGCUGCACCGAGGGGAGAAGAUCACCACCUGCAGUGACCUGCAGGGCUUUUGGGAUAUGGUUUAUUUCCAGGUGGAAGACGUGAACAAGAAGUUUGAGUCCCUUCAAGAAGCAGAAGGACGAAAUUGGGUGGAGGAACACAAGCCAACACCAAGGCAGAGGAAAACUGUCAAGCGGAAGCCAACUACAGCACCUGCCAAGCCAGCAGCAACUAAAGCAGCAGCAAAGUCUCGCCUAGCUGAGGUGAAAGCGGCUAUGAGAGCACAGAAGGCAGCAGCUGAGGCAGAAAAGGCUGCAAAGGCAGCGGGUGACAUCGUAGAGGAGCCUAACCCGGCCACGCAAGGAGAUCAAUGUCAGCCUGACACUGUGGUCUUUGAUGGAGGCUUCUUUCAUGUGGAGAGCCCAGCCAAGACACCCAAGACACAGCAAGUUUGCGUGAGAAGAUCCAACCGCCUGAGCACUGCAGCUCCUCCACAGGCCUCUCCCCUCAUGUGCAAUCACACCCCAAGAAGAGUCACUCGACGCUCACUCGCUUUGGGAGCAACUGGAGGAACGCCGGUUCAGUCCAACCUCACUCUCACACCACUUGCCCGUGCCAAUAACCAAACCCUCAGAUGUUCAGAGUCGCCACUGCCUGUCACCCCUCGGCCCUCCAAAAUAGAAAACACUUCAGACAGUAACCAGCUGGGAAAGGCCCUCACUGCACAAUCUGAACAUAUGACAUCCCCGGAAGAAGUUUUGCACACUGUCACAACAGCACCUUCCCCAUUAACCGUGCAGCUACCACAGGGCCAGACAGUAGAGGCAGCUUUGCUUCUCUUCACUCCGAAUCCCAAAGACAGAAUCCGGCCAUCUGUAUGCCCAACUGAUCUCAUGUACUUCACUCCACCGCUGUGAUAUUGAUAAGUUCUUUUAUAAUUCUGUUUGUGAGGGAAAAUAACAUUGUUGGCAUUUUAUUUUGAAACACAAAUAAAGAUAUUG